AUGUCAAAAUCUCCGGCUUCAGACGGGCUGUCCGCCCCCGAAACGCGACCUGGGACGACUACAACUUCGUUCUGUUUUUCCUCACCCUUGACUCCCGGGCCAGCUAUGAGUACGUUCGCAUCCGAGCAGACGAUCUCCAAUACGAUGAAGGGAAGGGUUGGAAAUGGUGACAAGGAGGGUCGAUGCCCAGAAGGGACAAGGCUUUGCUGUAUUGAAAAAUAG